AAUAAAAGAAAACAAUGAAAAACUGGUGGGGGGGGGGGGGGUCUCUACCAUCCAAUGUGUCCAUAACCCCAAUGGACGAGAAUUGAAGGAAUCGUUGGUCCGACAUCAAUAACAAGCGUGGAAGGGAGAUAGACGUGCUGGACGAGGCCACGACAUCAGCCAGCGACCCCAUGCCCACAGAUGCCCCUUCUAUUAUGGAAAGUGCAGACAAUUAUGAACAAGUGACUUUGAUAAAAGAUGUGGGAAAGAAGCGGAAAAGAGUCGAAAUUGGAUAUGAAAACUCUACGUGCACACUUGUUGAGAUUGAACAACAAAGACUAGUCGUAGAAAAAAAGCAUCUUCGUGUUGAGGAAGACAGACUGCAAGUCGAACGACAAUGUCUCGAAAUUGAAGAAGAGCGUCUUAAGUUAGAAAAAGAAAAGCACAACUUGGGCAUUAUUCCAAGUGUAGAUAUCAGUGUAGAUAUCAGGAUUUAAUUUAGUGAUUUGUUUUUACUAUUUUUUUGUCCGAGUUAAUUUUUCUUAUAGUUUCCUUUUUUAUUGAUUAUUAGUUACUCGUCAAGAAUUUUUUCAUGGAGAUUCGUAUUUCAAUUUAAAAUUGCUUUCAGAUCGGGGUAGGUGGAGGAAGUCUUACUAGUUCUGAAUGACAGGGAAAUUUUACAAGAGAUUAAUUUUACAUAAUGAAUGUUUUUAACAAAAGAGAUUAAACUUUUACAUGUUAAUGGUAAGUAUUCUACAAAUGAUACAACUUAUGUGAAUUUUAGAUCCAAACCGAAGACAGUUAGCCUAGGAUCAGCUGUCAGGAGGAAACUUAUUCUCCAUUUUUAACACUAGAGAAACACUUGUCGUUUUAUUUUAGCCUUUGCGCAUGUACUGACUUAACCCUAGAUUAGUCAUUUCAACCGGCCGCCCCUUUAUCAAGCUAUGACUUCACCUAUACUCUAUUUAAAUUUGUCCGUUACGUACAGUGCACAUGCAUGAAAAGGAGCAAUUUUCUUAUGUCUCUACUUAUAAGAAGGUGGCGAUCAAAGACGAAUAAUGACGAAUCUUUUUUGGGCUGCCUAAAAGUUCGAGCUUUGUUUCAGGAGAAGAAUUUAUGGCGUUCCACCUUAUUUGGAAUAGUUCUCAUUAUUUCGCUGACGCAAAGUGCAGAUGUCCUGACAUCAUAUCCGUGUCCAAGAAUGUGUGGUUGUUACCAAGGAGAUAUUCAAAGAGAGGUAAUCAGUGUUGUUUGCCGUUUGGACGCUGUAAGUCCGGUAGUUGAUUUCUCUGUGAUCCGUACCAGUGUUCCCAGCGUUUUAUAUAUUAUGUGUUCCUCUGAGGCAUCCACAUCACUAGCUCGAUCUGACGUGUUUAAGUCGCUUUCAUCAUUUACUGGACUCUACAUUGAAAACUGCCAAAUUUCAUUCAUGCAUGGGAGUUUUCUGCUUGGAUUAAAGUCUCUUGAACAACUUGAAAUCAAAUCCGCCGGAAAAUUGAAAUUUGAGGAUUCUGUAUUUUAUCACGUACCUAAACUUACCCACAUCACCAUUACAUCAAGUCACGUAACCAAACUGCCUGAUCUUUGCCGGUCAGGGGAUUUGAAAUAUAUAAAUUUUACAAAGAACGAACUGGCAUCUAUGGAUUCAAUUGGUCUCAAUUGUAAAAACAAAACAAUUUUCCCGAACCUUUCUACCUUAAUUUUAGACAAAAACUCCAUAUCGAACAUAUCAUCAAGAGAUUUUAUAUCUGUACCAUAUUUAAAAGACCUCCGAAUUGCUGAUGGAAACCUUGUUAGCAUAGAAGAUGACGCUUUUUCUAGUAUACCUGAAAUUACAUAUCUGGAUAUUACGAACAACUCUAUAACAGAAGUUUCGCCCUCUCUUUUUUCACGAACUCUUGAACUCCAGGUGCUUGGACUUGGAAGGAACCCUCUUUCAUCGGUUCCAAAAGCAACAUUUUCUGUUCUCCGCAAAGUAAUGGUACUAACACUAGACAAUGCUGGUCUUGACAAUGCAGUUUGGUUUUCGUUACCAAAUCUUCAUACCUUGAAAGAUCUGCAGCUGCAGGGUAAUGUGAUAACUAAAUUGAACAAAACCAUACUAUCUAACCUUAGAUAUCUACAAAAUCUAGAUAUGGGAAACAAUGGUCUAACGGAAUUACCUUCUGAUACAUUUCAUAACUUGAAUGAAUUGCGUUUUUUGCACUUAAAUCAAAACAAAUUAACGGAAGUAAAAAAUGGAACUUUUAUGGGUCUUGUUAACGCCCUUAACCUUGAUUUGAGCGGAAAUAAAAUUAAGGAAAUUGAAAGAACCGUAUUUUAUGAUCUAGAGUCCGUAUUGAAGAUAGAUAUUUCAGAAAACGAUCUUACACGUAUUCCAAAUUUUAGGAUGUCCAGAACGGUUCAAUGGUUAAAUCUUUGUUCCAACCAUAUACGAAAGUUGUCUUCCGGUUCCUUUGAAGGUUUACAGCAUCUAGAACACUUGAACAUUUCUAAAAACCGUCUCACCGAUAUCCAAAAUGGUUCAUUCUCUCAUAUUCCCCGACUAAAAACUCUUGACCUCUCAUUCAAUAAUAUACAGUACAUUCAAAUAGAUGCUUUUGAAGGUUUGCAAUUAUUGUCUGAACUUAAAUUACAUAAUAAUGUCUUAGAGACGAUAUCGGUUGAAUUUCUGCCGCUGGACAAUCUCCUUUCUAUAGACUUAAGCUACAAUAAGCUGUCCAUAAAAUUAAAAAGUGGAAUGUUUCCAAAAAAUAUUGAAAGUAUAGAUUUAUCUGACAACAAAAUCAAUGAAGUUUUGCAAUUUGCGGUAAAGAACUACCAAACUCUUCGCAGACUUUCCCUGCAGAACAAUAAAUUGACGACUAUUAAGAUGAACGAUCUAGUUGUACCCUCACAACAAAGCAAGAAAACGAUGGUAUAUAUCUCAGGCAACCCCUAUCACUGUGAUUGCAACCUGAUCUGGCUAAGAAAUAGAGUAAAUGAUAUCAGCAUGGACUCGGAGUAUCCCUUGGUUGGCGAUAUUUACAAGAUUAAGUGUGUAGCAGGAUAUAAGAUUCGAACACCCGUUCUUUUAUCAACCGUAGAACCGGGUAAUAUGUUGUGUGCGUAUAACCAAAUCUGCCAAGAAACCUGCACCUGUUGCGAUGAUGAACAAUGUGGUUGUCUAUCCGUCUGUCCCGUGGGCUGCUCGUGUUAUAAUAGCAGUUCAGAUAAAUAUCAUUAUGUUCAGUGUUCAAAUCGAGGCUUGAAUAAACUUCCGGCCAAGUUUCCCGCCAAUUCAACAGAACUUUUGUUGGACAAAAACAGCAUUCCCAGCGUAUAUACAAGGAGUUUCGAUAGGCUGAUCAAUUUAAGAGUUAUUCAUCUCGACAAUAAUGGUAUCUUAACGUUAGGCAAUCGUAGCUUUACAGGUCUACCGCAGUUAGAAAGUCUUUAUCUGAACAAUAACCACAUUGAUCAAAUAACCGAUGGAGUCUUCGAAAAUCUUCCAAAUCUAACAGAACUUCAUCUCGAAUUCAACAAAAUAUCUUUUAUAGACGACGGUGCCUUUUCGUAUCUUGAAUCUUUAUCUGUCCUGUAUCUUAAUCACAAUCGACUGAUGACUCUUCCAGAUUCUGUUGUAAAAAUGCUCUGGAUCGUAGACAAUAUCACAUUAUCGGGCAAUCCAUGGCCAUGUGACUGUGAUUUUAGGAUAAACACUCUUCCAAUAUUGACAAAUAGAUCGUUGAUAGUGUUCGGUUUCAACAACUCUAUUUGUCACAAUUCAAGUGUUCAGAACUGUAACAUUACGGCACCUGAAGCAGUUCUUUUCGAGAAUAGUGUUCAUAUUGCAGUUGUGAUAAUUGCUACAAUUGCAUGCUGUAUACUACUUUUGAUGAUUUUUACAUUGUUUUUUCUUUAUUAUAGAUAUAAGAUGAAUUUAUGUUGGAAAUCUGGUCACUAUAAUUUAGAUAAACCUCACAAAAACGGCAUUGUUCUUAAACCUCUUCUACAAAAUAAAUGAUAUCAUUAUCUUUGUUUCCGUUCCGUUGGGAGGGGUGCGAUCGAGGUAAUUUCAGUUUGCCGGGGAGGUGAUCCGAGGCGUAUUCAUGCAGAUUUUUAAAAAGAUGUUACGAAGGAAAAACUAAUUAAGCAAUAAGUAGAACUUUCUACAAACAAAGCAAUGUAUUCUUUGUGCUUAUCAGAUUUCAGUAUGCACGUAACCAUUUAAAUUCUUGUGCAAGAAUUGCAUGGUUACCAUUGUGUGUGGCCACCAACAUUUCUAUCAGAUUAAAUCAACUUGUGGCAUAGUGAUUACACUUAAUUUGUUUGUUAGUGAAAUAUUUUUUUCUGAAUGGUACGUUUUGAUUUUUUUUUUCGCAUUUAUUUCAUAUAAUAAAAAAAUGAAAGCUUAAAUUUUCCUAUUUCAUUCAAAAUCAAUGGUUUGUUAACAACAUAUCAAUCAAACACAAAAUUACUCAAAGAGGGUCAUGUUAUUAAAUUCACAUCAAGUCUUGAUAUGUUUGUGACUUUAACAAUCUGGUAUUCAUUUUAUUCUUUAAAAAUUUAAUAAAAUUCUUGUCACCCAGACAUAAAUUGUAUACAUGUAGUACACAUACAAUCAGUUUGUGAUUUUAACGACAAUUUAUUUAUCUAAUUAAUAAAUCAAAACAUUGUUAUUUUAAACGGUGAAGAUGGGGUAGUAAAAACGUAAGACGUAUUUCGACAUAUGACAAAAGGUGUUUAAACUAUUGAAGCUCGUUAAGUAAACAAUGUACAGAUCUAGGGAAUGCUGACAUUUAAACUCUGACGUAAAGGAAGCGGGGGAGAGAGGCACUGUGUAGAUAAGAGAAAACUG